AUGCGGCUGGCGGCACGUGGGGACGCCGCCAAGCUCGAGCGGUGGCAGGGGCGGUGGCGGGCCUUUCAAGUGCGCGCCAGCGAGUCGGAGCUGGGCGUGGUGGCCAACCUGGCCUGGCCCACGGUGGUGUCCAACCUCAUCAACUUCAUGCUCUCCUUCAUCAACCUCCUCUUCGUGGGCCACGUGGGCGACGGCGAGGUGGAGCUCGCGGCGGCGGCGUUGGCCAUCACCUUCACCAACGUGACGGGCCUGAGCGUGGGCAUCGGCCUCCUGUGCGCCAUCGACACACUGUGUUCACAGGCCUACGGCGCUCGGAACUACCGUAAGGUGGGGCUGAUCGUGCAGCGGGCCAUCCUCAUCGUGACGCUCGCGUGCGUGCCCUUCGCCGCCAUCUGGCUCUCCUCGGAGCAGAUCUUCCUCCUGCUGCUGCUGCCGGGGCUCUGGUUCUACAUGAUGGCCGACGUGCUGCGGCGUUGGCUCCAGUCCCAGGCCAUUGUCAAGCCCGUCAUCUACAUCACCAUCUGCAGCGUGCUCAUCAAUGUGCUGGCGCAGUACGUGUUCGUGUACCUGCUGGGCCUCGGGUUCAUGGGCUCGCCCCUGGGCCUGGCCCUGACGUGGGCCUGCUCGCCAUUCCUCCUCCUGGCCUACAUCCUCCUCGCGGGCGCCCACCGCAAGACUUGGCACGGCUGGUCCUGGGAGUGCCUCCAGGGCUGGGGCGAGUUUCUGAAGCUGGCGCUGCCCGGCACGCUGAUGGUGUGCGCCGAGUGGUGGGGCUUCGAGGUGACGGUCAUCGCAGUAGGACUCAUCGGCGAAAUCGAGCUGGCCGCCCACACCGUCGCCUUCAACACCCUCGGCAUCUGCUACAUGAUCCCCCUCGGCAUGUCCGUCGCGGCGAGCACACGAGUCGGCAAUUUGCUCGGCGCUGGCGACCACGAGAGGGCCAAGAAGGCCGCCUCUAUCUGUGUCUUUCUCACCAUCGGGGCGCAGGCAUGCGCUGCGGGGCUCAUAUUUGUGCUGCGCAACGUGUGGGGAGGCCUCUACUCCAACGAUGCUCACGUGGUGGAGCUCAUUGCGCGUGUGCUGCCCUUCGCUGCCGUCCUCACGACGGUGGGGGCGGCCCUCAAUCUGUUCGCCUUCUACUGUGUGGGCCUCCCCAUCAGCCUGGUCCUGGGUUUCGCCUCUCCCCUCGCCUUUUUCGGCAUCUGGUCCGAGGACUCUUUCGUGGCGUCCAACGCCAACGCCCAAUACCAUGUGGUGCGCACCAACGAUGACGACGAGGACUGUGAUGACUCCCGAUCCGACCACGCCCAACAGCUUGAUGAGGCCGACGAAAAGCGAGGGUGGGAAGCUGACCGACGAGCAACUGUACAGCAGCGGGCCGACGACAGCACACCUCAGGAGACAACCACCCUCCAGGAAUGA